AUGGCUACGCUCCAAGGCUCUGGUAUACCCAGAGUGAAGCUGGAAUCCGUUCCCGAUAUUAACAUAAAGCCAGAACCCACCGAGGACACCCCAUCGCCUUACGUCGACGAGGAUGAGGAGAUGUACGAUGAGGACACAGGCGAUUUGGACUUCUCUCAGGCGCAGCAACAGCUAUGGACAAGUCAUAUACCCAAGACGCUAUGGGAGGCACUUUCGAAAAUGCAGGAUGAGGAUGAGAUUGAGAUAGGUACGAUACGGGUGGAAGGGCCCGAGACAAACCCCUCAAGAGUCAGCAUGCUAUUAAAGCCACUGCCUCAGCUCGCAAAUGAGCCUAAAGAAUACAUCUUAAAUAUCCCGCCUCCCGAGAAACUUCGAGUUCGACGACCGGGCCAGGCUUUUGUUUUCUCCGAGAAAGAUCUGCCUGGCUACAAACCGCGCGCCUUUGCGUGGGACGAGAUUGACGAAGAGGGAAAUCCGGGCCAGGGAAGGUCGUACUUGUAUGAAAGACACAAGCGCGAGCUGAAAAAGAAGGAGAAUAAAGGUCGAUUCAUCCCAUAUGCACGACGACCGAUCCCCAAGCAGACUGCUGUCACCGGGAAUGUAGCCAGAGAGUUUGAGGCGAUCCCGGUCAAGAAUGAUGAAUAUUUCAUAAUCGAAAACAAGAAAGCGGAGCAAAUGUUGAGGCCACCUGAACGAGAGACCGCUGUGUUUGAUCCAAAGAAAGACCCUUCGAAACACCACAUACCACUUAUGACGAUGACCGACAGAGCGAACGCCUUGAGGAAUGCGCAAGCGAGGAAACAAGCACAAAAGGACAAUCGUGCUGCUCGUGUCGACAAACAUGUGCUUAUUGAUAAGCUCCUUGAUUUGUUCAAACAACAUCGUAUCUGGGGUCUGCGGGAUCUCAAAGCGAAGGUAAACCAACCAGAAACAUAUCUGAGGCAAACACUGGACGAAAUUGCUUUCAUGUGGAAGGCAGGCGACUUCAAUGGCAAAUGGGAACUCAAGGACGAAUACAAGAGUUCAGAUCCAAGAUUGCAGAACCCAACCGGAGUGGUAGCUCCAAAGGUUGAGGAUUCUGACAUGGACAAAUCAGGCCUAGACGACGACGAUAGCGACGUCUUUGAAGACGUCAAGGAUGUAGGGGGGUUCUAG